CUCGCUCGUACUGGAAAGUAAAACUCAGGAAAUUGACUUUCCAAUGUAUUAGAUGACAUCACACUUGACGCCUUUCGCUUAGGCUUAGGUCGUUGUUAAUAACUCCUGGGACGUAUGCUGGGCUUGCAGGUGGAACGCAGCAAGCAGGAGCCACUCAGAAGCUCGGCAGACAGCAGCGAUUGACGGUAGGGGGCCCGUUCCCAUCGAACGAUGCACUUGAACGGGGCACUGGGCGGCCGAGUCAGAACAAGUUCGUGGACAGGGAAGGAAGUGUUGUAGCCGUGUAUGCAGCGAAAUCAAAAGCGGGAUGUUCUGCCCCGGACGUCGAGAAGGUCAACCAGGAUGCGUUUUGCCUGGUAGAAAAGUAUGGGGACUCGCCGAAUCUUUCCUGGUUUUCAGUCAUGGAUGGCCAUGGGCUGAAUGGCCACCUGGUCUCUGACAUAGUUCGCCAAAUCUUGCAUAAGAACGUCCAGGAGUGCCCAGAGUUCAACAGAGAUAUAAAGCAAGCUCUUCAGAAAGGGUUCUUCAGGACCAAUUGUGAGCUCUUCCAGCCAGGAAUAGACAUCACGAUGAGCGGAACCACAUGCGUUGCUUGCGUGUUCCACGGUUCGACCUUGUACUCUGCUAACGUCGGAGACAGUAGGGCUAUCAUGGGCCGGUCAAAUGGCAAAGGUGGCUGGACAUCCCUCUCCCUUACUCACGAUCACAAGCCUGACAGACCUGACGAGGAGAAGCGCAUUCUGGCUGCGGAUGGCCGUGUGGGCGCACUGAAGGGACCGAACGGAGAAGCCCUAGGACCAGCCAGGGUCUGGAGAAAAGACUGCGAUGCGCCAGGCCUCGCGAUGUCGCGAUCCCUAGGCGAUUCCUUAGCAGCCUCCGUUGGAGUCAUUGGUGAGCCAGAAAUUUCAGUGGUUUCUCUUACGCCUCAAGACGAUUUCAUCGUCAUUGCCUCUGAUGGCCUUUGGGAGUUCAUGACCAACGAAGAAGUGACUCAGAUUGUCUCUCGCUUCCUCGAUUCCAGAGACCCUCUCGGUGCCUGCGAUGGCCUCAUCGAAGAAGCCAAUCGGCGGUGGAGGCUUGAGGACGACGUUAUAGAUGAUACAACUGUCGUUGUCAUCUUUCUUGACGUUGGCCGAAAGGACGGGGGUGAAAAACACAGAUGAAAACGUCUUCAGUCGACUCCAGAACAUGCAGAAAUAAGUGCAUGAAGGAAUAGGUAUUAGCGGUGGACGGUGCAUAAGCAUUUGAGCUGUACAUGCUUCCCAAGAUAUGUCUUCAUACCUAGCAGCAGCCAUCCAUUCUUAGAAACACCUACCGUACAACAAGACAGCAGUCUUCGACUACGACGGAAAACGACCGUCGUGUGUAUAGACACGACAAGCGGCGCUCACACUUGGUAGUGCCGUUUCUCCUUUCCAACUAUUUGGGGUGAAGUGCUGAAGUGAUUUUUUCAGUUUCCCUCUGGCGUGAGGCUCCGCUCACUACGUGAUAGGCUCUUUUCCUUUUUGACCGACUCUGAUAUAGGCAAAUUGUUGUCCAUUCUCCUGGCCCUGUAUUGUUUUUUUUCCGAUACUGUUCACAUAUCUCGUGCUUUUGAGGCGUUCCUCCCACUGCGAGGUAAAAGAGAGCCUGAACAGCAGUUCUUUAUUGGAGGAACACGACCACUUGGGACGUCGAUAGUACCUGAAGUUAAAGAAUUUGAACAUGAGCACCCAACCCAUUUUUGCAUGAAAAAGCCGCAC